UAUGAAUGUCUCCAGAGACCGAGCCAGCGGAGCAGAAGACGGCUGCAUUGGCCGAUGAGGACGUGUUUUAUCUGAAACAAGGAGAAGCAGCGCUGAAUGAAGCUCUGAAGAUCGUGGAGUCCGAGGACGGAUGGAAACUGGAGACGGCCGAGAAGAAUGGAGAUGUGAUCUAUAGCAAAGUUCUCACGGGCAACAGGAAGGUUUUCAGGUUAGAGGCUGAACUGAACGCGUCUCCAGAGGAACUUCACGACAUCUUAUUCUUCAGAAUGGAGGAGAUUCACGAAUGGAACCCCAGCAUCAAACGCAUCAAA